UCGCCGACUGCUUCAAAACCUGACCCAAGGAGCAGGUUGCCAUGGAGACCACGGGAUGCUGGAGCCAGUUGGGCCUGGUGAUGUGGCGCCAGGUGUGGCUGACGCGCGUGCGACGCCACUACCUGGUCACGCUGCUCGAGCUGACGUGCAUGGUCUUCAUGCUGAGCUCGGUGUGGGAGGAGUCGGUGGCGCCGUACCGGGCACGGCCCAACAAGGACCAGUUCUUCGACAGCGCAGACGCGAUCGAGUUCUGGGGUCGUCCCAACGAGUCCUGGAACGAAGGAACGCUAGCAUUCGCGCCCGACCAAGCUUUCUUCGCGGACCUGACCGCCAGGGUCUGCAAAGAGCUCGGUUCCAAGUGGAGGCUGCUGCUUCCGCUGCAGUAUUUCGUCGAAUCGGCGUACAUACAAAUGAUAGCCGAAUCCCUGCAGAAACCAAUCAACGUAAAGCAGCUAAACGUCAGUGGAAAAGAUAUAGUGAUCACUUCCUAG